CGUAUAACUUUUCUUGCAUAUGGCAAUAAAUUGCGGAACAUGAUGACAUAGAAAAAAAUUUGUUGCGUAGACAAGAUGAACGAAGCGGACAUUCCAAUUGACAUUCAUACACUCAAGCUACAAGAUUGGCUGGUUAGUAGACGUAUAGUGCCUAAAAAUAUUCAACCAGCGCUUAAGGAUAUUCGAAUUAAAAUAAGCGAUGCUUUACAGGAUAUGCCAUCGCACGAUCAACUUAUACUACUAUUAAAAGGAGCCAACAUUAAUUAUUUCCACUGUAAGCAGAUUGUAGAAAUUCUAAAGCAGACCGAGAAAGAUAGCAAAAGCAUUUUUGGACGUUAUGGAAGUAAGAGAAUGAAAGACUGGCUAGAGAUUUUGCGUCUGUAUGAAAAGGAUAAUAUUUAUUUGGCUGAAGCUGCUCAGAUUUAUGUACGCAAUGUGAAUUAUGAAGUUCCGAGUAUACGGAGACAAAUGAGCAAAUGGGAGCAACAACAUGAAGAAUGCUUGAAGCGAAGUCAAGAUCUCAACAAACCGGAGUCUGCUUUCCUGGCAGAACAUACAACUUUACUGCAACACCUUGGCGUUAAAGGUGAAAAUCUAAAGGAAGAAUUCAUAGAAGCGUUAAAAACUUUGCCGACAUUAUACGCCGAAUCUAUUAAAAAUAUCAAAACCUUAGAAGAAGCAUUGAAUUUAUAUGCUCAAACGACUGGACAAACGAAACAACAAUGUUUACCAAUAUUAGGCCAUUUAAUGGAAUUCGGGAAUACUACUGUGUAUCAAUAUUGUCAUAAAGAACCGCCUUUGUCGGUGGAAGAGCCACCUUUGAAAUUAAAUCUAAGUGAAACACAGUCUGGCAGAUCACCAGCAGAUAAUGAGGUCGACUAUGGUGACGACAACGGUGGUACAUCAUCGACCAUUUCCGCUGAAAUAAUUGACUUUGGUGAACUCAAUCUGGAAACUGAGACAGAACUUGUAAAUGAAGCGGUUGAUAUCGAUUGGGGAGGCAGUGAAAGUACAGCCGCAAAUGCUGUAGAAAUUAAUUUCGAUAUACCUAUCGAAGAGUAUGGAAUUGUUGUUGAAGGUGCAGGAAUGGAUGGUGGUAUUGCUAAAGGUGAUCAAGCAUAUACUUUGCUGGAUUCACCUACCUAUAGUGAACGUUUUACUGACGAACUAUGCGAACUAGAAUCUUUCCUAAAAAUGCGUCUAUAUGAAUUGCGUCAUUUAGACACUUCCUCGAACAUAAUGUUUUCUCUAUUGGAUAAUAUUUCAACGCAUGAUGAAGCAUCUAUAUGCAAAAUGCUAACUAAUGUUGAAGACAUUCUCACAGCUAUCAGCUGUCAACAGACACGGCAUCUUUUUCAAUUAAAGCAUUCAACAAAAUAUGGCGAUUUAUUGGCAUCUAAACUGAAACAAAUGCUUAAGGCUGUGGAAAAAAUACGCCAUACAAGGGAAACGCUAAAGCAACGCGCGCAAGAAUUAAAACAAGAGCGUGCAGCUCUUAAUCCCAUACUAGAUGAGUUUCUGAAUCAAACCAAACAACUCCAGCAAUGUAUUGAAGAAGACAUAUCAAAACGUUACAAAUGUCGUACUGUUAAUCUGCUCGGUGGACUCAAUUGAUUAAUAUUUUUAUUUGUUGUUGUAAUAAAUUAAUUAUAUUAGGUGGGCUUUAAUUAAUCUCUUGCUUUUCAUUUCAUUUCUAGUUGCUUCACAUUCACAACGAUUUCAUAUUAUAGUAGUAAGCUUCUGCUCAACUCGUCCCUAUUAUUCAGUAAUCUUUUGAAAUUUGGUAAAAUCCUCUAUGUAAUUAUUUUAAUGACUUGUAAGUUAAGUAGAAUGACGAACUCACCACAUUCAAAUUACUACAUAUAAUUCGCGUGAUUACAUAUAGGAAAACCGAAAAGAUUUCAAAAGAAGCUUUGAAAGUAAAUAACAAGUUACAGGAAGUUGAAGGAAAACUCAUGCCAACUUUUGAAAAUAGUAAACGAAGUUUAGGGAUAAAUUGGUGGCAAAAAUGAAGAUAUCGGCUUUAAAUUCUAUAGAAACAUUAGAAAUCUUUGUGGCAUGUUGUUAUUGAAAACAGGGCAAAGUGGUCAGACCACAAGCCCGCAGUGAAAGCCAAACUGAACGCAAGUCCGUUCUUCUAAAGAAAAAUUUUUGGUUUUCUGCCCUUUGCUCUAAUUAUAAAAGAUAAGACGCUAAAAUUUUCCAUAUAUACUCUGCUAUUUAUGUACAAAAAUCGAAAAAUCGG